AUGCCUGCGUCAAUUCGAGUUGCCGUCACCCAGGUAGAGCCUGUCUACCUUGAUUUGGCCGCUUCCGUCCAAAAAGCAGUCGCUCUCAUUCAGGAAGCUGCAGAACAUGGAGCCAAACUCAUCGCGUUCCCCGAGUGCUGGCUCCCUGGCUAUCCCGCAUGGAUCUGGGCGCGACCGGUCGACUUCGAUCUUCAGACUCGAUACAUCUACAAUUCACUGUCUUUGGAUUCCGAAGUAAUGGACUUACUGAAGGUCACUGCCAAGGAAUACUCCAUUGCCAUCGUGCUCGGGUUUUCAGAGCAAAGUCGAACUUAUAGCAUCUACAUCUCCCAGGCGAUUCUAUCUCCUCAGGGCGAGGUUUUAAUGCAUCGACGGAAAAUCAAGCCCACUCACAUGGAGCGAACCCUCUUCGGUGACGGGUCCGAUGCUAGUCACGUCCUGAAUAACGUCGUUGAGAUUGACUUUGGACCAGACUAUGGCAAGAUCAAGGUUGGAUGCCUUGCCUGCUGGGAGCACACACAGCCGCUAUUGAAAUAUCAUAGCAUCUCCCAGGGGGAGGCUAUACAUAUCUCGAUGUGGCCGCCUGUUGAUCCAUCGACUGGCGUGGACCACCCGGGCCUAUGGAGUAUGACGGCUGAUGGGUGUCAAACACUUUCUCAAACUUACGCGAUCGAAAGUUCAGCCUACGUUCUUCAUAGUACCUCAGUAUGUGGACCCAGAGGAAUUGAAACCAUGAAGACACAGGAAGGCCUCUCUUGCCGGCAGCCUGGUGGCGGCCAUAGUUGCGUAAUCGGACCUGAUGGCCGACGGUUGACCAAUCCCCUUGAAGGGAGCCCAGGAAAGGAGGGUGUUGUUUACGCCGAUCUUGACCUCACUAAAGUUGUGGGUUCCUGGAUAUCGUUGGGCAUUACAGCAGGCCGGAUCUGCUGUGGUUGGGUGUCGAUAGACAGCACAAGGGAAAUGUCAUUACAAAGCGGCAUGUGCCAGAUGAACAGGAGGACUUGGAGAACUGACUGGUGGAGAGAUGGCCCAAUAUUCCGUACCUAG